AUGCCGUCGAUCAUCCCAAUCCUCAGUAUCGUCGUUGGCUGCACCAGUUUGUUACUUCUGUGCCUCGACCGUGUACGCGCGAUACUCUGGCCACUCAGCUACCGUCUCCAACGCGGUCGGGCGGCCUGUCGCACGUACACCACGUUGUUUCUAUGCUUCAUCGCAGCCGCGGGGAUUCUGGUUAUGGUGCAGGACGACAGCGACUCCGACAAGCCGGUCAUCUGCAGCAUACCGUCCGGGCUCGGCCCUCGCCCUCGCCUCAUCUUCGUCUUCCUCCUCUUCCUCACCUCCGGUCUCAUGGCCACACUAUACUUUGUAUGUGCAGCUGUUCUCCGGACGCAUACUUGCUCCAACAAAAGACGGCGCUGCAUCUUCCGUUCGAUCCUGUGCUGUGCCCUCGUCGCCCUCAUCGGCCUCGUUCUCACAGCCACCGUAAACCUGUCACUGAUCGUCUACGCGGAAUAUGACGUGCGACAACGAAAUCCGGCAGCCAGUCGUGAGCCUGGGCACUUCCUUUUCCUCUCGGCAGCAACACUCGAACUGCUCGUCCAGAGGACGCCCCGGUGUCGAGUGGUCGAGAUUUGUUCGGGCAUCAUCCUCAAUGCCCUCUGCUCAGCCAACUACUGCAUCUACUUCAAAAUGAGUUGCGACUACCGAAGAGCCCUCAAGAACCAGUGGCAGCGCAUCGGGUUGGCCAUGCAAAACUCCGAAUCCGAGACAACGGAAGUGCAAAGGAGCAUGUUA